AUUAUUGAUUGACCUCUGGAUCUGGUCGUGGGCGGCCCUUGUUCUGGACGAGAUUGAAAUUGAUACACAAGAAGAGGGGCCACGUUGUCCAGCCUAGGUUGUUCUUUACAUCAACGAGUUGAAGGUUUUUGCGAAAAUGUGUGCCUACCUAUGACAUUUGCAGCUUCGGUCACCAGAUGCGAAUCAAAUAGGCCUACAGAUGAAAUGUCGGGAGCGCAUUGCCGGAUUGUUAGCCGUGGGUCGGCGCGCGCGCAUCAAAGCUCAACAACUAACGCUUUUCGUGCAGCGCUGGACUUCGAGAAUGUGCAUCUCCUGUCCUGUCCUGUAUCCGUGGCCCGGCUGUGCGACAAGCUGAUAAGGAGUGGUCACUGCCAGAGAGCAAUAAAGUCCGGCCAGCAAGAAGUUGUUGACGCCGCCGCGAACGAAGAUGGUAUUGCCUUCUGGGACCAUGUUGGGGAGCAACUGUCGCGCCACGCCUCCACGACUUUCGCGAAGAAAGCACAUACUGGGGCGUUGCUGCAGGUCUUGUGCGGUCCGCGGUACUGGGGUGUGGCGACGAAAUUCGAACAAGAACACGGAGGUAAGCGAAGCUUGGCGCGCGGUCUGCAUCAAUGUUUCGGCCGCUUGCAGGUGAAAGCAGCGGUGAAGGCAAUUGCUUCCACGGCGAAUCAUGCAUGCCACAAUCGAAGAGAACCAGAAUCUGGCACCGGUCUACAAGAAGUCGCAGGCCCAGCGCUGGUACAGUACUUCAGAUUUGGAAAGAGCGGUUUCUCGUCACAAACGACGAGCGGUGAAAGGGAAAUCGAAAUCGGUUUUUCGGCUGGAGAAAGUGAAGAUGGCUGCACGGCCGAAAAAGAGCAUCCGGGAACCGUGUUGCUGCUGGGUUGCUUGCGGUUCUUGGCAACCUCAGGUGUGGAGCACGCCCAAAAGCUGGCGUCGCUGACCCGUGUCUGCGACACGCGCCAAAUGAGUGCCUCUACACGGACACAGGUCAUGCAGUUGCUUGCAAAGGUGCGUAACCAAGCCUCGGAACUGCACAUGUUCGUCCGCGCAGUGUUGACUCUUCCGGACUCACGAGCGGACAGCAGAAGGAGGAGCUUUGAAAUAGAGCGUCGUGAAGAUGAUCCGCGCUCCGAUGACAAGUUCACUCUGCAGCAGGAACGAUCGAUUUUCCAUAUGGCCCCCUCAAAACGUAAGUUUUCAACUCGUAAGUGCGCUACCCAACUUUUUUGCAUAAGGGGCCCCCCACCCCAGUCGGCCCCUCUCCUGGGCAAGCGGCGGCGCGCUCGCGGGCCACCCCGCCACAAGGGCCCAGUCCUGACUAACUCGCGGCACCAAGGUAGCAGGGCCCCUGCUUCAAUAGGCGCAUGACCGCGAUGGGCUACGCUAAGCAACAUGCGCCUGCAUGUCGGCGACAGCGCCUGGCCCCUCGUCCACAGUUUGGAUUGGACGGGCCCGCAACUAAUCGUAGGGGCCAGCUGCAUGCACCUGGCGGGCCAGUUGCAUGGCCCAGCCGCGUGCGCCGCGCGUUGUUUUGGAUGGCCCCCCCGGCUUGGCAGCCGCCCCACCCGCCCCUUGCGACCGGCCCGCGCGUUGCGCGCCUGGGUGUCUUUUCCCAGCCGGCCUCACGUAGGUGGCGCGCCGCGGGUACGAAAUGCCCGCCGGCCGCGGCUCGUUGCGUAUGUUCCUUCGGUUGGCCAACUAUAGUGGCCACAUGCAUCCGUUAAGCCGGGCGGCGGGCCUGCUAAUAACAAUGCGCCCGGCCGCGGGGGCCCGCCAAACGCAACCCGCCCAGCCACGCAGUAGCUACCAACCUACCCGACCCGGCCCGUCGGCAAUUUCCCAAAUCGCCUGGAGCAACUACGCGCCAUCCCGUGCAUUUUGCCACCAGCGCCAGAAAGAACGCGAGGCGAUUCGGUGAAGAAAUUUGCCCAAGCGCGCCAGCCUGCCACACGGGCCGCGCACCGCCCGGCCUGGCGCGCCCAAGUACGACGAAAACCGCCCGGCCCCCAUUUGUUCGGCUCGAAGCCAGGCAGGUGUGGCCGCGCGCCGUUCGCUUGUUGUGGCCCGGCAGCUGCACGCAACAAGCCGCCCCCCGAACUAGAGGCACCGGGCCCCAACGCCCCUCUUUACGGAGUUCGCGCAGCAGCUUACUAUGGGGGACACAUGGAGCCUGUUUGAACCGGCCGCGCCUCCCAACCGUUGAUCCCACCACGGUGCGCCGCAUGUUGUUGGUCCGUCCUUCAGCUAUAGUUAGGAGGUCGGCGCCUUCCUAGCCUUGGCUGGUGUGGUCUGGAGGGUGAGCUACAUGGACGAGCCACAUGCACGCAACCACACACAACCGGGCGGAGCCUGCCCGCCGGCGCCCAUUUCCGCCCUUUUUUACUAUUUCUGAGAAAUUUCGCAACCUUUUCUGGAUUUGCUCUGGAAAAAGUUGCGAAAUUUCUCGCUGCGCUCUCGACAAUUUGUGUGGAGCGCACUUACGAGUUGAGAAAAAUGCAGCAUUUCAAUCGCACCCCCGAUGGUGUGCUGCACUUUUCUCAACUCGUAAGUGCGCUCCACACAAAUUUUCUCUAGUGGUGGGCGCACUUACGAGUUGAGGGCCUCCAACUUUCCCGAGAUUUGUGUUUGUCGACGACAAACAUAAACCUCGCGAAAAAUUAGAAAUCGCGGCCGUGAGAUGCUUCUGCGGUUGAGCUCGCGCGCGCAAUCGCAGAAACACGGGCGCGCAGCGCGGGCGUCAAGCUGGGCGCCGGCCCCCUAUAGCUGACGGCCGACCCAGCAACAUGCGUCGCACGCAGUCGGCUCGGGCAACGCGAUGCGUGGCCGAUUCCGACCGGCCUCAUGUGGGCCCCUAUGGUUGCUGCGCGAACUCUGCGAAGAGGGAUGGCGAGCCGGGCCCGUCUAGUUGGCGGCGCAGCUGCCUGCAUGCAGUUGCGAGGGGGGGGGCCGCGCAGGAACUAUCGAUAUUCCAUGCAGUUGCGAGGGGACAAGUGCAUGCAGUUGCGAGGGGGCCGUGCAUGCAGUUGCGAGGGGACAAGUUCACUCUGCAGCAGGAGCUAUCGAUUUUCCAGAGUUGCUCCUCCUUGCGCAUGUUUCCGAGGGUUUUUUUCACGACGGAUCGAAAGAUCUUCAGCCCGAAGUACCUCCGGAGGUGGCAACAUCGAAAUGGGGUGCGGGACGAGUGCCAGCAGAGCAGAGACGAGCUGAGCCCCCGCGAUUUGAUUUUUCUGUUACGAGCCUUGGGCCGGAUGCAUUUGCGCCCGCCAGCGGAAGUUUUAGCCGCGGUUACGGAUCGCAUCCACGACAGCGGCAUCGCGCUUCGAUACCCUUCUCUAGUUGCCUACGAGCUCUUCCGUUUGGAUCUCUGGGAGCCGCGCAUUUUUGAGCAGAUCGUACUAGCACAGCCUGACGGCCGGAUCCCACGAGCUGAGGAGAAAAGCCAUGAUCGGGAGACAACAGCAGCCGAGCCAGCCGAUGCGAUUGCGUCUGAAGCCCCAACUCCGGUUUUUUCAAUGACGCAAGGCUCUGAAGAUGAAGCGGUGGAAGCGGAUGAUGUACUUCUAUUGGAUGACAUUGACGAAGUCGAUGAUAAGGCCGAGGAUCAUUGCCUUGCCACAGGGCGGCUCCCGCUUGGACAUCCUGAAUUUGCUGCCGCAGGAAGCGCCACUGAAAUAAACCAGUUUCCGGACACGCGGCGUCAGGUUGGCGGUUUGAAAUCGGCGUGCAAUUUGUUGCUGGCAAUGGCGUAUUUCGGCGUCGAGACCGCGGAUCUUGCUGUGCAGCUGUUUCGGGACUCUCAGCGCGUGUUGUCCGUUCCGAACGCGCACAUACACGGGAAAGACGGCUCGCUGGUCCUGACGAACAACAAUAAGCCGCACGCUGCCCUGUCGCAGAUGAAGGUUCUGGAGAUCGCGCUGCGCACGAAAUUCUGGAAGCAGCGUGUGCCGCCUUUGGUCUGGGGCUGGCUGCGGAAAGUGCGCUUCGCAGGCGCGAUGCCCGAGUACUCGCACACCAACUCGGCGUUCCAGCGCGACCUUCGGAGAAACCUUGAGGUGGCAUGCGGUGCCGAGUUUGAGUUCGAGUCCGAAGUAACCGUAGGCCCCUACCAGAUCGACUUCUUGCUCCCGUCGAAAACGCCGCUGCUGACACGGCACGUGGCGUUGGAGGCCCAGGGUCCCAUGCACUACUACCGACAGUUAGCAGAUCCAUGCGCGUUCCCCUCCUCCCCCCCGGAAGUAUUAGACGACCUCGUCGCGCCAGGUGUAGAAGCGCAUUGCAGCGCGUUCCGGGACGAAGCAAGUGCUAGGCAGAAGGGUAUCAUGCAGGGCGACCAAGAGGUGGUCGACGAAUUCUUACGUCCGCGUCCAGAUUUGCUCGAAUCCGAGAAACCGAACCCGGAAGAUCCCAGAGAAGCAGGGGAAGAAUCCUCUGAAGAUGCUGACACGCGGCUGCACAAAGCGGAUGAUGGACGGCGUGCGGAGUGCCGGAGCGGGAAGAAAAACCCUGUAGCCACGGUCGAACGUUGUGCCGAUGGUAGAAAGCAGAUGCGAGCAACAGGGAGGAUUCCCAUGCGGGAGACUGCAGAGGACACUUUGGAUCGAGAAGUGGACGCCCUGAGCAAGGCACUACCAAGGUGGUACGAUUUGAAUUCGCCUAUGACUGCGACGACGAGGCUGAAGCACCACCUGCUAGGAAAGUUGGGGUAUGAAGUCAUUCACAUAGCUGUGGCCGAAUGGGCACAGCUUCGCACUCCGAAGGAGAAGCAGCGAUAUUUGCGAAGAAAAAUUCUACACCAUUCCAAUCGACCAACUUAAUGCUGUCGAGUGCAGCUCUGUUUUCUGUUUCGUAAAGGCUUUGCAGUGAUGGAAAUGAGAUUGAGAACAGCCACGAAAAUGAAAAAUAUAAGGGACUAGCACUAGAUCUAGAAGAAGAUGAGAAAUGAAAAGACGACGGAGGCAGAGGGCGAGAUCGCGCUCCGGAGAGAGUGCGCCCACCUUCUGUAUGUAGUGUGGACCCCCUCCCCUGACUCAUCGAACCAGCAUGAUCUAUCAUCUCAUGGUCCGAGGGACAAGAUCGCCACGAAAGUAGAAGCAAGAUAGACUUUGGCAGACGUGUGCUUGCCUGCCUCGCCCAGUUAAAUUCUCCCAUACUAGUGCAUAGACUGACAGGUCGCACUGAUGAAGC